AUGGCGACACGCCCUCGCUUCAUCGACCUGAGGGCCGAUUCGUCCUCUUCAGUCGCUACCGGAGCUUCGUCUGUCUCCCGCCCCCUCAGGUCGCCUCGGUUGCACGUCGCAGGCGAUGUCCCUCCUGCCUUGUCCCCCCUCGAUGCCUUCGCCGCCCAGAGUCGCCUGCUCGCAAAGCAGCUGGAGGAGAGUUCCAAGGCCGGAAGCCGCAUGAGUCGCCUACCUCCCUUGACUGUCGAGAGUCCCUUGGUCGUCCAGGGCCGCUCCGAAUACUUCCGCUCCCUAUCCCACGACUCGGCCGCAGAGGAGCUACCCGAGCUCUCGCGGGAGCACACCGGCCUCGGUUGGACCACCGAGCUCGAAUCGCCAUCGGAACGACCCGUUUCCACCCAUCCACGCAUGAGCCGCAUACCCCCCACUCCCGACGAUUCCACACCAAUAUCUCUGAACCCUUUCAGAGAAGCCUACCGCGGUCGACCGCUGGACAGACUGGACAGACUGGACGAGAAUCGUGGCGUGUUUGGUGCGCGCCGGGAGCAGUCGCCUGCCGACUUGGAGAGCCUAUCCGGCCACGCCGUAGACGGCGACACCACAGAGCAGUUUCCCGGUCUGAGAGAAGCGUCUCCCUACCGUGGUCGCUUUCCUCCGUCGCCCGAGAGAUUCGCAGCCUAUUCUCAUGAUGCUACCGGAUUGGUGCCACCCAACGCUCAUUCGGUGAAACGCUCUUCGAGUAUCAUGUCGGCGCCCAGCAAUUCUUAUAAUGACGAAGCGCUCAGUGCCUCUUUUCACUCGCACCCAGGUCGAAAGCUGUCCUCCAGCAGUGCCUUCUCCGGCUUGGGUCUUGCGUCUCCGGUUGCCCACUACCAGAGGUCGCCCUCCAUCAGCUCAGAGGCCUCGGCUCAACUGCCGCGGCCCUCUUUCAACUUCUCCCGCCCGCUGAGUCGAGCUGGAACACCGACACUCGACGCCCCGUCUCGCCAGGCGUCUUCCGAUAGUCACCCGUCCUUCGUGCUAGCAGAUGAUACGGCACAUACACCCAUCAGUAUGCACAGCGAUGCUUUUACCGAGAGUGGUACGGCAGAAGAUGGCAAGGGUGCUCCAUCCUACAUAUACUCCAAGUACUCGCUGCCACGAGGCAAGUCAUUACAACGCAACUCGGUCAUCUUCCGCGACGACGAUCCCUCGACCGCCUUUGUCUGGGAGCAGCCCAUGGUCCCACUAAGCAACGUCCAGACCUACCCGCAAGGCGGUCACGCGCCUCCCUCGCCUCCUACUCGGCCCUCGAGCUCAUCAUCCCGUUACCAAGACGGCCCACCCGCUUCCGGUUUCCUCUCGGCUCGUCCCUCCCUCGAACGGAGCAAACUCUCCACUGAAAUGUCUGCGGGUGGGGGGCGACCGUCACUAGAUCCCAGUCGCCCGUCCACAGGUGGGAGCAGGCCUUCGGAAGAUGUGCCCCGAGGUCGGGCUCUUACCUCUCCGCCUCACGAUCAGGCUCAGGCUCGUGGCCACACACCGAUGUCAUUAUCUACGAGUGAUUCUGCUAGUACCAUCAGGCCCCCAAGAUCACAACAUUCUCACGCGCCGACGGCGGCCGAGAUGAGCGCGGAAGAGCAUUUGACCAAAGGGAUCAAGUGUCACGAGGAUGGCUCCGUCAAGGAGUCCACAUAUCACCUGCGUCUGGCCGCGCGAGGUGGCGAUCCCACCGGAAUGUUACUGUAUGCCCUCGCGUGCCGUCAUGGAUGGGGUAUGCGACCGAACCAGCGCGAAGGCGUUGAAUGGCUGCGCAAGGCUGCUGACGCUGUGAGUGCUGAGAUUGCCGAUGACGAGGAUCAGGUCAAAGGAGGCAAGACGGUGGACUUUAUGGACCGUAAGACCCGCAAGGCUCAAUUUGCUCUAAGCAUCUACGAACUCGGUGUGAGCCACAUGAACGGUUGGGGCAUUGAGCAGGACAAGGCACUCGCGGUACGAUGCUUCGAGAUCGCCGGAAGCUGGGGUGACGUUGACGCACUCACAGAGGCGGGUUUCUGCUAUGCGCAAGGCGUUGGCUGCAAGAAGGACCUCAGAAAGAGCGCCAGAUUCUACCGCCAGGCAGAGGCGAAGGGCAUGAGCAUGCCCGGGAAUAGCUGGAUACACAAGCCAAAAUACAGCGAUGAUGCUGGCAGCAUCAAGUCGAAAAAGGCCCGAAGCAAGUCGCGGGGUAGAGGGAUGUUUGGCAAAAAGCCCAAGGAGACUUCGGCUUGA